AUAGUUUAGGCUUACCUACGAAAUUUUAUAUAUAAAAAAUACGUGGCAACACAUGAUUCGUUAAUUUUUUACUCUAAAAUUUAGAACAUAGGAUGCUCUGAAGCUCACUUGUCAAUUGUAAAAUUGAAUGAUAGCGAGCACAAGCUUCUGGUUGGCAUCACGUUCUUUACUUUAUUUAAAAACAUUGCUACGUAAUUUGGCAUCGUUUACGUUUCGUAGUGAUCUUUAAUAUCGUUUCCAAAACAGAUCUAUUGGAGGAUAUGAUAUUUGAUCGACGAGCGUUACUGCAAUUCUCUGCUAUAUUUCUGCUCGUUCCCGUACAGUACUUAGUAACUAAGUAUUCUUCAAAUACCGCGACUGAACAAACACAAUCGAUUAAACAAUUGGUUCGAUCGAUAAGAACAUUCAGUGACAAAUAUCUCUCUCUGUAUUCUUGGAAAACCUGGUCAAAAGAACUUAUUUUAAAGUUUUCAGGACUUAAAAAGCGAAAAUUAAAAGUAGAUAAAGCCGCGAAGAAUAAGAAAGAAAUGGGUGGUGAAAGCUUCGGUCAGAGUCCUGCUGUUGAAGUUCGAAAGAUGAAAGAUCCAAACGGAUAUUUUGCUUCGUCUCCAGAAGUUAGAAGUCCAAGACCAGCGCACGUUAAAUAUCGUAUCGGUCAAGUUAUGAAGCACAAGAAAUGGGGCUAUAGGGGUAUAAUUGUUGGUUGGGAUGUUAGAGCAAGAGCGCCGGAAGAAUGGCUAAGACAAAUGCAUCCUCCAGAUAAACCACAUUGGAGGGAUUAUCCUAAUUACUCGAUAAUAGUCGAUACAAGAGAUAGGCCUGAUGGACAAACGACAUACGUGGCAGAAGAAAAUAUUGAAAUUGUUUCCAAUACAAAGGUAAUGCACCCGCAAACGGAUAAACAUUUUGAAUCUUGGGACGGGGCUCAAUACAUAGCUAGGCCUUGGCUAAAGGAGUUAUAUCCGCACGACUAGCAAAGUGUUAAAAAAAAGAAACUGUUACAAUGAAAUAAUAUGUGUAUGUCUUUAUCAUUUUUUUCCUUAUAUAAUACUUUUUAUUGCAAAUUUUACUAAUUUAAAAAGUAUAAUUUGCUUAUUUUAAUUUAUGCAAAUAUGAUAUACAGUAUAUAUAUGCUGUAUACUGUAUACUGCAUAUAUGUGUUAUUUUAAUAUUCUUAUAUAUAUAUUUAAAGAAAUAGACAGCAAAAAGUGGUUUUUUUGGCAUAAUUCGUUUGCAUGAGAGUGUGCAGAUUUUUAUUAACAAUAUGGAAAAUAUUCGUAAUCCA